AUGACAGAAGGCAGAGAAACUACACUGAUAAAAACGAUACCUGAGCAAUAUGUCUUAGAGAGGUGGACAAAAAAUGCAAGAGUUGAUAAUGUUGUGCAAGACAUGCAUGGGCAGGAGAUUGUAGAGAAUCCAAAGCUAAAACAAACUUCUCAAUAUAGAAGUUUAUGUUCAAAAUUUGUUAGACUUGCAUCAAGAGCAUCUGAGAGUGAGAAGACAUAUGAGGCAGUAGAUAUGGAAGCUGAUAAUUUAGUAAAGUUGGUUGAAAAUAUGUUACGUGUAGAAAUAAAUGGUGAUAAAGAGGUGGAAGAUGAAGCCCCAAAUGUCUUGGUUGAUUGCUCUAAUGAUGUAACCGCUGUGAAUGCAAAAGGAUUCAAAAGAGAGAAGCUACACAUCGUGGAAAACGCCGAGCAAAGGGAG